AUGAACCUUCUGAUGAGGAAGAAAACGAUAUCUAUAGCUGGCUGCACCACCCAGUUUUUUUUCCUAGCUUUUGGGACCACCAAGUGCUUCCUUGUGGCUGCAAUGGCGUACGACCACUACACGGCCAUCUGCAACCCUUUGCUUUACCCAUCUCUCAUGUCUCACAGGGUCUGCAUCCUACUGGUGGCCGGUUCAUACGUGCUUGGCCUGCUGCACUCUUCAGUGCACACGACCUUCAUCAUCAGGCUGCCCUUCUGCAGGUCCAAUGUUAUCAGCCACUUCUGCUGUGAUAUUUCUCCUCUCCUGGCUCUGUCCUGUGCCAGCACCUACAUCAAUGAGAUGAUCCUCUUCUCCCUGGCUGGUGUCAUUGAGCUCAGCCCCAUCUCCCCCAUCCUGGUCUCCUACAUCUUCAUCUCUUUCACCAUUGUGAGGAUCCAUUCAGAUGAAGGCAGGCAAGAAGCCUUCUCCACCUGCGCAGCCCACCUGACAGCAGUGACCAUGUUGUACGGGAUGGCAAUCUUCAUGGAUUUACGCCCCAGCUCUAGUUACACCCUGAACACCAACAAAGUGGUCUCAGUCUUCUACACGAUGGUGAUGCCCAUGCUGAACACCCUCAUUUACAGCCUGAGGAACAAGGUGGUGAAGGAUGCUCUGAGGAGAACAGCAGAAAGAAUCACA